AUGCGUUGGAUCGCGUUCGUGGCCGUCGUGGCGGUCGCGCUCGUCGCGGCGGCGGGCACCGCCGACGCCAAAGGGUCCAACUGCGUGUCGGGCGACCUCCCUUGCGCGUGCGCCGCGGCGGGCGGCAAGUGGCGCGACCUGAAGUCGCCCCUCGUGCCCACCUGCACCGUGGCCAUCCGCCACCAGGGCGGCGAGCGCACUUUCAACAUCUUCUUCCCGCGCACAUACGACGCCGCCAAGAAGUACCCCGUGUGGGUCCACAUGCACGGCGUGUACUGGUCCGACAUGGGGGACAUCAGCAAGCAGAUGGGUUACACGGUGCCCGCGAGUGACGCCACCCCCGUCUGGGACACCCUGGCCACCGGGCCGCACCGUGAUGACGUCAUCAUCGUGUACCCGCAGGCCACCAGCCCCGGCGGCGACCUCACCAAGCGCACGUUCUGGUCGCUGCCGUUCUGGCGCUGCUCCGUGGGCGCCUGCAUCGACGCGGGCGUGGACGACGUGGGCUACAUUGAGAAGAUAUUCAACCUGCUGCCCAAGAGGCUGAGCGUCGACAAGACCCGGGGGAUGUUUGGGACGAGAAGACGGCGGCGGGAUAGGGGGUCCGGCGCUGCCGGCGGCGGGCGCUUGCUGCAGACAGAGGAGCAGCUGGCCGAAAUCUACCUGACUGGGACCUCUGCGGGCGGCAUGAUGCUCGAGAACCUCCUCUGCACCAGCUCUGUCAUCCCCAACAAGGUCGCCGCCGCCGUGGACAUCAUCGGAGGCAUCGGCGCCCCCAUGCGCGGCACCUGCCGCCCCGCUGGCAAGCGGCGCGUGCCCUUCCGCAUCCUGCAUGGCGAGGCUGACCAG